CGUGACGUCACGGCCGGGGGGCUCCCCGCGGCGGGGCGGUGUCGCGGCAGGCAGGCCCCGCCCCAGGGUCGUGCGGAGGCUCUCGCGAGGCCUGCGCGCGAGGAGCACUGAGGCUCGGAGCGGCGCCAUUUUAAGAGCGAGGCGAGCGGGGCAGUUCGGAUUACAGCUAGAGUCCUGGAUUUUCGCAGCCUUUUGCUUCAGCUCCUGGGCAGGAAAAGAGGUGGAAACCGACCUGCUGCAAUUGCGUCCUGUGAAAGGGGAGGAAUACCGAACACUGCCCUGGGAUAAUUUGGCAAAGUGCUUCCUCCUGAAAAGGCUUCUGAAACAAUCACCAGACAUCUGGGAAGCGAAUUGGAAGUUGAAGUCGUGAGGUUUUUCUUUCUAGCGGUGCUGAGCAUUUCACCCAUGGACACUGUUGUCCACAUGGCAUGGAUGUAUACCUAAACUCACUACGUGCUCCGUAUUCCAGCUGCCAAAAUAAAGUGCUUGCUUUCUUUUAAAUACUUUUUUUCUUCUGGGCAGUAUUUUGUCUUGAGUCAUCGGUAUAACCGGUUUUGGUAACUGGUUCCACAUUAAAUGCAGCCUGAGCCACUGUGUAGACAGUGCUGAGAAGUUUCAUGGCAGAUAUUUUUAUCCCUACCUUACUUUUCAGAUUUUCUGACAUAGCCUUCCAUCAUUUUGUAAUGAGACCUAUUUUCUAAAUGAAGACUCUAAUAGACGCUUGUUUAUCAUUUUUUCUUUUAUAUUUUAUUUAGUAUUUUUGUUAAAAAAUGUUGCCAAUAAGCAAUAUGGAGGUAUCCAGAUAGCUCCUGUUUACAAAUGCCUGUUAUGUGAAGCUAGAAAGUGUUCCACAGUUCAGAUGUGAAAUCUGGAUUUUCAACUUCACAGGUUGUGUGUAAAAAGUGUAUUUAUUUCACCUGGAGCUCAUGCUUCUUACAGUGAUAUGUACAUGGAAUAGACGAGAGAAGAAGCUGCCAGAGGAGAACAAAAAGCUUUUUAAAACAGAAUUGGCAAAUUUUGGAAAUAGCCUUGCAGAAUCUGUAAGCAGGAAGGAUGGGUAGCUGAUUUCUGUGAGGUCAAAUCUAUGUCAAACAGCUACGAAUGUAGUAUCAACGAGAACUGGGGAUAUUAUCUCAAGGAAAACAAACUGGAAAAAUAUAAACCACGCAGUACUAACACCUUGUGUGGUCCUCUUGGGUUAGAUUUGUGUUCAGCUGAACUGCUGUUUCGAAGAAAAUUAAGAUGGACAGAGCAACGUAAUUCAAAAGAACUUGCCAUGAGGUGUUGAAGCCUUGUUUCAUUGAUUCGAAGAGACUGGACCUAAAUGGCGCAGCAUGACUUUGCUCCAGCCUGGCUUAAUUUUCCUACUCCACCAUCAUCAACAAAGUCAACACUGAAUUUUGAGAAACAUUCUGAAAAUUUUUCGUGCACAGAGAAUCGUUAUGAAGCAAAUCGCAGAAGACACAACUCUUCAGAUGGGUUCGAUCCUAACGUUGGACGGGCUAGUGGAGGUUAUUUUGGAAGAAAAGAGAAGACUGGUUGGCGUUCACAAGGCAGAAAUUUUACUGAAAAUUUAAACCAUCACGGAGGGUACUAUGGUGGAAGUUCCCGGGCUUGUACCAGCGCUUUCCACUGUGGCAAAGGCCAGGGACUGCAUGAGAACAAUGUACCUGAUAACAAAACUGGAAAAAAGGAAGACAGAGGAGUACCCAAGCAGUUUGAGCCUGAGGAUUUUCCAUCUUUGAACCCUAAAUAUGAGAGGGAACCAAACCAGAAUAAAUCUUUUGCAGCAGGUGUAUGGGAAUACCCUUUGAAUCCUAAAUCUAGAUGUCAGAGAAUGCUGGUCAUUAAAAAGGGCACUACAAAAGAAGUGCAGAUAACUGGAUUCCCAGUAGUAGGAAAUCUUCAUUCACAACCAGUAAAAAAUGGAACUGGCACAAGUGUUUACAAAGGAUUAGUCCCUAAGCCUGUCACUCCAGCUGUAAAGCCUACACAGUGGAAAAGCCAAGCAAAAGAAAAUAAACUUGGAAAUCUAUUUCCUCAUGAAUCUGCAUAUGGUGUUUGCAGUUCCAGUCCUAUCAAAUCAAUUGCCAAGGGGUUUACUGUAUCACAGAAUUCAGUGAAAGAGUAUAAUCGGUCAAAUUCUUCAUCCCCUGUUGACAAAGUUAGUCAGCCUCGUUUAACGAAAUUGACGAGAAUGCAGGCAGAUAAGAAGAGUGAAUUUUUGAAAACAUUGAAACAAGAUAGAGUGGAAGAGGAACAUGAAAAUGCAAAUGAUGCUGCACAAAAUAAGAAUGAUGAGUCCUUUGACUUGCAUAACAGCAACAGUCCUCCUCAUGAAAGAGAUAUAAACAGAAACUUUGGAAAUGAAAUUCCAGAGGAGAAUGCCAGCGCUUCAGUUACAUCUCAACAGAUCAUUCAGUCUUCAGCUUUCCCUCAGGCAGAUGCUCUUUCAAGCUCACUUGAGGCAGAGCAUAGGUUGUUAAAGGAGAUGGGCUGGCAGGAAGACGGUGAAAAUGAUGAAGCAUAUGCUCCGCUAACAGAGGAUGAGAUGAGAGAGUUCCGUGUCAUUAGUGAACAGUUACGAAAAAAUGGUCUUCGGAAAACUGGCAUUUUGAAAAAUAGUCUCAUCCGUGAUUUUAAAUUUAGUCCCUGGAAAACCAGCACUUUCAAACCUGCUCUGGAGAAUGAGGAUUCAGAGACGAGCAGCAGUGAUACAUCAGAUGAUGAUGAUAUGUGAAGAUUUCUGUAACAUCUGCAGAAGCUGGUUUUGAUCUCAUGAAAGUUUGGGGUUAUAUUGUCCAGAAAGAUUUUCUGAUUUAUAAUACACACUAGAGAAAAAUUGUUGUAACUUUUCUCUGAAGAAAGCAAGAAAUGUUGGGUUGGGAACAUUACUGUAAUUUCUUUGUAAGCAAAUGCUGUAGAUUGAGGGCUUGGAUUGAGCCAGUAUUGACCUUCAUCACUGAAGCAUUUCUGACUAGCUGUGUGACAAUGUAACAAAGCAGACUUUUACGUUUAAUAAUAAAACUGAAGAGCUGUGCAA